AUGGCCCACAUAAUCCUCGGCUUCAUAUUGGUUUCCGCGGCCGCGUCCCGGGCCAUCGCGGCGCCGCCACCGUGCAGCGAGGUGGCGCAGAUGGUCAGCCCAUGCGUGCCGUACUUGGCUGGCCGGGUGUGGGCGCCGUUCGGGCCAUGCUGUGGCGGAGUCGCGGCGCUGAACCAGACGGUGGCGACCGACGGCGACCGCGAGAUCGUCUGCAACUGCCUCAGGAGCGUCGCGCCUCGCUUCCCGAUGAUCGACGUCCGUCGCGCCGCGGUCCUCCCACGCCUCUGCGGGGUCGCCGUCAACGUCACCAUUGCUCCGGGCGUCGACUGCAGCAGGAUUAUAACACCACCUUGA